CCAAAGAUUUUUAAUAACUUUCCAAAUUCUACAAAAGCAAUCAGUCUCCAAUGACAACAACAUUCAUGGUGAAUUCAUCAAAAUUGUCCAGUGCUAGAGCCUGCAGAGACUACUGGAAGUACAGGAAACAAUGACUGGAGACAGCAAAUACCUCAGUGAGGAAGAGGGUGCCAAUGGGUGUGAGGACUCCAUCAUCAUCAUUGGGAACUUCAGUGACCAGUCCUCAGACACCAAGGAUGUUCCCUCACCCCCUGCCUUGGAGGCGGUCUGCACACUGGAAGGCAGAGGCUGCAGAUCAAGCUCAUGGCUGUCCAAGAGGAAGGUCUCCAGGCUGCUAAGUUACAAUCAGGAUCUGAUGGGAGAUGGAGAUGGAGAUGGUGAGGUAGAGGACAGGGUUGGAGCUGAUACUCCAGUGAUGCCAAAACUCUUCUGGGAAGCCAAAGAGACUGGGACACCCUCUAAAACCCCAGCAUCCAUGAGGCGGAGGGCAAGAACAUCAGCAGGCAUGCUGUGGCCAUCCCCUUCCAGCCCCUACCCCACCAUCGACCUCACAGAUGAAGAAGUGACACCUGGGAGCAGCAGGACAGUUUAUGUUGACCUAGACGAGGACAGCCAGCAGGAGAGCAUGGACUCCACACAGGUGGAUACAGAAAGCAGAGAUGGAGACAGCACUGAGUAUCAGAAAGCCAGGGUUCGAGCUGGCAAGACCUUCCCCACCAGCCCUGCAGACUCACUGGAGGACCAGCUGAAGCCUAUAUUGGAGUGGGCCCAUGGAGGCUUCAAGCCCACUGGGAUUGAGGGCCUCAAACCCAACAGCAAGCAACCAGAGAGCAAAAGUCGAAGACGCACAACAGAUGACUCUGCAACUUCUGACUAUUGUCCCCUACCCAAGCGCCUCAAGACAAACAGCUGUGGUGGCAAGGACUGUGGGGAGAAUGAUCAGAGCCGAGAGCAAAUGGCUUCCGAUGUUACCAACAACAAGAGCAACCUGGAAGACAGCUGUUUGUCUUGUGGAAGGAAAAACCCCGUGUCCUUCCACCCACUCUUUGAGGGUGGGCUUUGCCAGACAUGCCGGGAUCGCUUCCUUGAGCUGUUCUACAUGUACGACGACGAUGGCUAUCAGUCCUACUGCACCGUGUGCUGCGAUGGCGGUGAACUACUUCUCUGCAGCAACAUAAGCUGCUGCCGGUGCUUCUGUGUCGAGUGUCUGGACGUGUUGGUGGGCACAGGCACGGCUGCAGAUGCCAAGCAGCAGGCGUUCUGGAGCUGCUACAUGUGUGUGCGAAGGUGCAGCCAUGGUUUUCUGCGGCGCCGGAAGGACUGGAACUUGCGCCUGCAGGCCUUCUUCUCCAGCAUUCUUGACAUUGAAUAUGAGGCCCCCAAGUUGUACCCAGCAAUUCUUGCAGCCCAAAGGCGGCCCAUUAGAGUCCUGUCCCUGUUUGAUGGAAUUGCGACAGGCUACUUGGUCCUCAAAGAAUUGGGUAUUAAAGUGGACAGGUACGUCGCCUCUGAAGUCUGCGCAGAAUCCAUCGCUGUGGGAACCGUGAAGCAUGAAGGGCAAAUCAAAUACGUGAAUGACGUCAGGAAAAUCACAAAGAGAAAUAUUGAUGAGUGGGGCCCAUUCGACCUGGUGAUUGGUGGAAGCCCAUGCAAUGAUCUUGCCUCUGUGAAUCCUGUCAGGAAAGGCCUGUUUGAGGGUACUGGCCAACUCUUCUUUGAGUUUUACCGCUUGCUAAAUUACUCACGCCCCAGAGAGAGUGAUGACCGUCCAUUCUUCUGGAUGUUUGAGAAUGUGGUAGCCAUGAAGAUCUGUGACAAGAGGGACAUCUCACGGUUCCUGGAGUGUAACCCAGUGAUGCUUGAUGCCAUCAAGGUUUCCGCUGCUCACAGGGCCCGAUACUUCUGGGGCAACCUACCUGGGAUGAACAGGCCCCUGAUAGCAUCAAAGAAUGAUAAACUCGAGCUGCAGGACUGCUUGGAGUUCAGUAGGACAGCAAAGUUGAAGAAAGUACAGACAAUAACCACCAAGUCGAACUCGAUCAGACAGGGGAAAAACCAACUUUUCCCUGUAGUCAUGAAUGGCAAAGAAGAUGUUUUGUGGUGCACUGAGCUCGAAAGGAUCUUCGGCUUUCCUGUACACUACACAGAUGUGUCCAACAUGGGCCGUAGUGCCCGCCAGAGGCUGCUGGGAAGGUCCUGGAGUGUGCCCGUCAUCAGACACCUCUUCGCCCCCUUGAAGGAAUACUUUGCAUGUGAAUAGAUCUACCCAGGGCUGCUGGAGCUCUGACUUUUUAGGGUCAGUGUCAGGGCCCAGGAGUCACCCUGAUCUCUGAAGCUCUCUAGCUCUGCCCUUUCUCAGCUCACUUGUGUGGGGUCUUACCCUGUAUC